AUGGCGGCCGCGGAUCUCCCCAAAUGGGGUUUCGGGCAAUCACCCAUGAAGAUUCAACCCGUCUCAACCUCCUUCAUCCCCUUCUUCUCCAACGCCCAGACUGGCACAGAAGCCACCAACAUGUCAUGGAGCACAGAUCUCGCCGCCCCUACACCCAUCUCUCGACUUCCAGCCUGGUCUCGCAUCCCGAUCCAGCGCCAUGCCUCGACGGGUCAAACCGGCCAGAUCAUGAAACGAGUCGGUCUCUGCACCCGACGCCGUCACCUCGACUCCGUUGCCACGAAGACCUUCAAGACCCCCGCGCCUGAGCCUGAGCCGGCUGUCGAUGAGUUUACUCUCGAGGAAGAGUCGCGACGCAUUCGACGUCGAAGUGUGGACUUCAAGCCUGUCGAAGGAGGCAUCGAUUUCGAAGGACGAGCUUGCUCUGAAGCUGAAGUCGCUAACAUUUGGAUGCUGGCCAAGGUCGACGUUACCAACUACUACAUGACAACAUCCACCGAAACCCACCUUGCAGACAAGAUUGCAGCCCGACGCGGUGAGCUUGUCCAAGUCGUGCCCAUGAAGCGAUACGCCGGCGCCGACAUUGCCGAUAUUCCUGUAUCACUUGUUCCCAGUGGAGGUAACAAGCUUGGUGUCUACCACCAACUUCUCCCCAUCAUCGAACGGGCUAUGAUCAACGGCGACGGCCAAGUCAGCCUCAAGACGGCAUCCAUCGCCGAGGCUCUUUACAUCAUGCGCCAGACCCAGCGCAACGUUCGCAAGCCUGUUUCUGCCGGACCCAGGUUGUCGGAUGUCACCGACUACACCGAACCACCCACCCCAACCGCCAUCCUCCGACCUGUCAUCCACGCCGAGGCGCGAUCGCCACAGAAGCGAAUCGCCCGACUCACAAGCCCUAUCAAGAAGAGCAUGCGCCUUCUCACGAACAGCGUCUACAAGCUUGUUCCUGGCUCGAGUCCCAAGGCCUCUCCAUCUCCUACCAAGUCCGAUUCGGCUCCUUCUACCCCCAUUCAGCAAUCGCCCAACCCUGCGAAGCCUGCUAUUACUCCUCGCGGUAUCGAUUCUACUCCUCUCACCCGAUCCGCCGACACAUUCGAGGAUGACUCAAUUGAGCAUCUCACUCACACCCGACCUGUCGCUCCCACACCCUCUCGAUGGAGCCGACACGAUCCCUCCACCCCUCAGGCCUUCAGCCCCGUGCGUCCUAUGCGAGCGCCCGCUACUCCCAUCCAGACCGACAGCCCCAUCGGCCUGGCCGCUCUCCUUCCUCCUACUACUCCUCAGCUGCCUCAGUUCGAACUUACUCCUCGAUCUGCCGAGCCCGCUUCCUUUGACUUUGGCACUGUUUCGCCAUCUUUCAACUCUUCCAUCUCUUGGAUGAACACCUCUGUUCAGGCCAGCGAGCCCAAGCGUAUCAAGAACGUCAACAAGGCCCGCCGACGCCAGAGUGAGCCCCUCCUCCGAAAGUACCUCAAGGAUAAGGCACGACGCGCUUCUUCUUCUCCCCAGAAGGUUCGAUUCCAAGAGCAGGAUAUCUUCCGCGAUGACAUCUCGAUUGGCUCCUUGUUUGACUCUGUCACCUCUACCCCAGCCAAGUCUACUCCUACCAAUGUUGAUUCUUCUCAACUUAGCGUCGUCGAGGAAGCUUCCGAGCCCGAACCUACCAUGGAUAUUGUUACCGCCGCUGAACUCAGCGUCGUCGAAGAGGUUACCGAGCCUGAGCCCACAAUGGACGUUGACACUGUCACUGAGCCCGUUCAAGAGGAUGCCACUGUCGAGCCAAUCCAUGCCGACACUGAUGCCGGUGAUAAGGCUGAGCAAGCUCCUUCUAACACUCAUCCCACCCCUACCGCUACGAUUGAGCACGGCGUUGUGAACAUCGACAUGCGCCAGAACCCUGAUAUCUUCGGGACCCAUGUCUCUUCACCUCCCGCUCCCGUCUACUCUCUUUCUCGCAUGGCCGACGACAGAUGCCAGGGCCACGCGAAGGUCGUUGUCACUGAGCAGAACGGCAGACUCUUUGUCAGAUUUAAGCUAUCGGCCGAGUACGCCCACAUGUUUCCCGCGAGCCAAGGAUUCGACGGAUCUCAGUUUUCCAUGUCGCCCUCCAUUUCUUCCUCCCCGCGAAUCACGUUCAAGUCCCCUGCCAUUAACCAGGCACCGACCAUUGACAGUGUGCUGGAGACUCCUCACUUAUCGGCUGCAACUCACUUCCGAACCCCAGAGCUCCCACCAGGCGAGAAUACUCUGCUGUUCGGCUCUCCCCGCAACGGGUUGACACUUGCCGACCAUACCGAUAUUUGCGGAACACCUGGCGUCAACACUCUUCUGAGGACUCCUAAUGCUACCGCCCUAAGCAUCGUGAAAGAUCAGACUGACUUCCGCACUCCAGAGCUCCCUCCAGCGGAGAACACUCUGCUCUUCCGUUCCCCCGCGAACGGCUUUACCCCUGCCAAUAAUACAGGUAUCCGCGGUUCCCCUGGUGUGAACACGCUCCUUAGGACUCCUAAUAUUACUGGCCUUGGCAUCACAACCACCGCCAACUACACUCCUGGUCUUGAGACACCUAAGGUCACGGGUGUAGAUGAGACUCUUGUCGUCUCUUGGGACGACUUGCCAGCGACCACUCCGACUCAGGAUGCUCCCACCGAUGUGACUCCUGUCGACACCCCGAAGAUAACAGGAGCUGAUGAGACCCUUGUUGUCUCUUGGGAUGAUUUACCGGCCACCACUCCUGCUCGAACAGCUCGUACCGACGUGACUCCUGUCGAAAUCGCUCCUCUUGAGAUCACUCCCGCUGAGACUGCUCCCACUGAGGCUACUCCAGCCGAGGCCACAGCCCAAUUCGAUGAUGCUCCCCAAGUCAAGACGACUCAUGACACUACGCCUGCGCAAGAAGCAGCUCCCGCCCAGACAGCAGACACGCGCCGCCAUGACUACGAUAGCCCUGGCCGCGAGUACAUGCGAGAGUUCAUCAAGCGCUCCCGCCAGAGUAUCGCCACUACCACUACCGAGACUGGAUCUCCCAUGGCGCCGAUUGCGAAGCGACAGCCUCUGGAGGCACGAAGCCCUAACAGGGGGAGCCCACAGAAGAACAAACGCAAGCACGACGACGACAGUGGUGAAGUGCAGUCACCUGCCAAGAAGGUCAAGCCCAGCAAGGAGGAGCCCAAGCAGACUACGCCCAAGCGAGCUCGCCGCACAAAGACUACCCGCCAGAAGACAGACCUGGCGAUCGAGAUGACAGAUCUCCCUGCCGAUGCUGAAGAGGCGACAGCAGAGGUGAAGGAGACUGUUGAGAAGCAGACGGAGGUGGCUGAGGCCGAGGGCCCAGUCACACGGCGAUCGACGCGACUUCGGUCGCGGGAGCAGACCAGCGGUGCUCCCAAGUCGUCGAUCCCAACUCCGAUCAAGCUGAAUCGGUCUGGCGCCGGCCGCAAUGGUGGCGCUGUCCUGAACUCGAGCGUGCGCAGCGAGCAGCAGGACUUGACCCACCAGACGCGCCUCAACACCAAGAGGAACAAGGGGAGCGCCGAGUAUCCCGCCCAGGUCCUGGCUAAGCACGCAGAGACCAAGGGUGAGGAUGACUCGGACGCGAGCCAGGCGUCUGGUGAGUCAAGUGCCGGCAAGGGCAAGAAGUCGGUGGGGUGGAGGGAGCCCCUGGAGAGCGUCCAGGAGGCGAAGUCCAAGAAGGGCGGACGGCCUACCAAGGCCAAGGUGACGCAGGGGAAGACGGGCGUUGCCAAGCCCAAGUCCACUGCCCAGAAGAAGCGUGCCGUCAAGGCCGCUGAAGAUCUGGGCAUGGCGGGCAAUGGCACGCCCGUCAAGCCCCAGCGGGUGACGCGGGCUCGAACCCGCUCUCAGUCGUGA